CAACGUCGCUGUCUUGAGGCAGGAUCGGCCGUGUGCGGCUGUCUCGUGAAUUUUCUACCAACCGCAUUUCUCCGCCACGACUCGAGCUCGACACACGAAAUCAGACAUGGCCGCCGCCGCCGUCGCCGCUCCUCCCUGCCCCGCGCCUCCGCGCGGGCUCCGCUGCGCCAAGACGGUGCCUUUUCCCUCCUCCGCCGCCGCACCCAGCCGCGGAAGGGUCGUCUACGGCUCCUCCUACGCCCGCCGGUGGCAGUGCCGCCGCUGGGCCCACCGGCCGGACGCUGCGACGACGCGGAUCCGGCGGCCAACGGCGCGCCGCACGGCGGCACUGAGGGUGACCUGCGCCUACUCCCCCGGCGCUGAAAGAAUCACUGCAUGCUCUUGGAAUGAAUAUGUGAUCUGCAGUGAUGUACCUGUGCUUAUUGAGUUUUGGGCCUCCUGGUGUGGACCUUGCAAAAUGGUCACACGGAUUGUCGAUGAGAUAGCACAAGAAUAUGCUGGGAGAAUAAAAUGCUACAAGCUUGACACUGACGAUUACCCACAGGUUGCUACGGCUUACAGCAUCGAUAGGAUUCCAACUGUUUUACUCUUCAAGGAUGGAGAGAAAAUACAUAGUAUUACCGGGACACUGCCAAAGGCUGUUUAUGUGAAAGCCAUUGAGAAAUCUAUUUCAGAACAAUGACAUAUUUGGUUAAUAUUCUCUGGUCCAGAGUUAUUGAUCUGUAUACUUCAUUUUAUACCAGAUAGUGCAGAGAGAACUCAAGGUAAAAUUUGAGUUUACAGCACAAGCAUCUUAUCUAGAAGUAUGGAACUGAUGGUGAUCCUUUUGCUAUACAAUAGCAGUGUAAAUAUAGAUGUAUUUCUUAAAAGCCAGCGUGUUCCUUUUUUUUAACCAAAAAGUUUCCUCAAAGACUGAAAUAUAUUAUUACAGGGCAAGGGCAGCCUAUUUGAGGCCCUCGGCGAUACCUUAUUAAAUGAAAUCAAAGUUAGGUUUUCCUCAACUUUUUUGUUGAGUCUAUAUCA